AUGUUUGGAGGAUUCGGCCGGCCUCAGCCUUCAUCGGCAGAGAAGAUCGCAGCCGCAGAAGCAGAGAUGGAUCUUGUGACCGAUAUGUUCAACAAACUCCAACAAGCAUGCAUGAAGAAGUGCAUUCCCCGCGAAUACCGUGAAGGCGAGCUCAACAAGGGUGAAGGUGUCUGCAUCGACCGGUGCGCAGCCAAGUUCUUCGACGUGCAAAUGAAGGUCUCGGAACUGUUGCAGCAGGAGGCGCAGGCUAAAGGCGCAGGUGGUGGGAUGGGAUUUGGGGGGAUGUGA